AUGUCUUCACUUGUGGCACUGGCUGACAUCCCCACGGUGGCACUUCUGUACCGCGCGAAGCAGCUCCUUCCUGUGUCCUCAAACUUCGCACCAUCACAGACUCUCAACAACACAGUCUCCAUCACCCGCAAUGACAUCACCAAGCUCAAAGUGGACUGCAUUGUGAACGCUGCUAAUGAGUCUCUCCUCGGCGGUGGUGGCGUGGAUGGUGCAAUCCACCGAGCUGCAGGUCCUAAGCUAGUUGAAGAAUGUUACUAUCUUGAUGGAUGUGAGACUGGCGAGGCAAAGAUCACCUCCGCCUACGAACUGCCUUGCAAGCGUGUGAUCCACACAGUCGGCCCAAUUUACAGAAGAGAAGAGGACCCCGUCGCGCUUCUUCGAUCGUGCUACCGACGUAGUUUGGAAUUGGCAGUGGAAAACGACAUGAAGAGCAUCGCCUUUGCUGCUAUCAGCACUGGAGUGUACGGUUAUCCCAGUCGACAAGCUGCCGAAGAUGCCAUCAAAGAAGUGCGCGAAUUCCUCGUCGGACCUAACAUCGGAAAGCUGGAGCGUGUCAUCUUCUGCAACUUUGAGCGCAAGGAUGUGAUCGCCUAUGAGGAAUUUAUUCCGAGGUAUUUCCCUCCCACAGAAGAGGACUUGGCUGAGACCAGCGACGCUUGA